GUUCUCAUGUACAAAUCCUUUCAGAUUGUUUGUGCAAGUAUCUAAAGUCAAAUAAUGUUGGACUGAUUCAGUUAUUCAGCUUUACAAGUCUGUGUAGAAAUGGGUGACGAGAAACAGCCUCUUCUUCCUGGGCCGUCGUCUAGAAGGAGAUCCAGCGCGAAGAUCGUGGUCAAGCAGAUGGUUAGCAAGAUCGAGGAAAAUGGAAGUGAGGAAUCUCUAUCUAUCAAACUGGGGUCGGUCAAGAUACCCAUGUAUGGUACAAACACAGGAGCGUUAACCAAAGUAGUACCAAUAGAAGAAAGGGUCACGUAUUCUUGGUGUGAUAUAAAUGCAUUUGCAACUUCUAAUGAGAUCAGUAAAAGAAAAUAUUGGUGCUGUGGACCGAAAACUGUGGUGGCUGGUAGCCAGAAGAUACACAUUCUGAAGAACGUAACUGGCAUAGCUUAUCCAGGGGAACUUCUGGCUGUGUUGGGCACAAGUGGAUCUGGAAAGACAACACUGUUGAACGCUUUGACUUUCCGUACUACCAAAGACGUUGCUGUGACAGGAGUAAGAUGUGUCAACGGGGUACCAGCCACACUUAAGUCACUGGCUAGUGUGUCGGCUUAUGUUCAGCAAAAUGAUUUGUUUAUUGGUACAUUAACCGUCAAGGAGCAUCUCAUAUUUCAGGCGUUGGUCAGAAUGGAUAGACAUAUUUUGUAUCCAGACAGAAUGAAGAGAGUAGAGGAAGUAUUGGUGGAGUUAUCUUUGAAGAAAUGCGAAAAUACUCAAAUAGGCUACUCCAGUAGAGACGAUAUCGGCAUUUCUGGUGGAGAGAAGAAACGAUUAGCAUUUGCUGCAGAAGUUCUUACUAAUCCUUCAGCAAUGUUUUGCGAUGAACCCACAUCAGGUUUGGAUUCUUUCAUGGCUCUCAAUGUUGUACAGGUACUGAAGGGAAUGGCGAAUAGUGGUAAGACAGUGAUUUGUACUAUACAUCAACCUAGUUCAGAGCUGUAUACAAUGUUCGACAAAAUUCUACUUCUAGCAGAGGGAACAUUGGUAUUCUUAGGAACCCCAGAAGAGGCUAAUCUUUUUUUUACCCAAUUAGAAGCACCAUGUCCAAAAAACUACAACCCAGCUGAUUAUUUCAUCCAGCUAUUGGCUGUAUUACCAGGCAGAGAAGAAUCAUGUAAACAAGCUAUUAAUAUGAUUACCAAUAGAUUCGAAAAAUCUGAUAUUGGAGUUGGAAUGUUAGUAGAAGCAAAAAGAAAGUGUAAAGAUUAUGAAAGUACAGAAUCAGAAAUAUAUUUUGGAAGCGAAUCUCAAAAGAGCCCUUACAGAGCAUCUUGGUGCAGCCAAUUUUACGCUGUACUUUGGAGAUCCUGGCUCAGUAUCACUAAGGAUCCAAUGAUGGUGAAUGUAAGACUCUUCCAAACAGCGGUAAUAGCUUUGAUAAUAGGAGCUAUCUAUUAUGGACAGGUUCUUGACGAAAAUGGGGUGAUGAACAUUAACGGAGCGAUGUUCCUAUUUUUGACGAAUAUGACUUUUCAAAACGUCUUCGCUGUAGUACAUGUAUUCACUACAGAAUUGCCAGUUUUUCUGAGAGAAAACAAGAAUGGCAUGUACAGGACUGAUGUGUACUUCUUAAGCAAAGUGAUAGCAGAGACACCACUGUUUAUUAUUUUACCGGUACUUUUUACAUCGGUUUGCUACUAUAUGGUUGGUUUAAACCCAUCUUGGAUGAGAUUUCUUAUUGCAUGUGGAAUCGUGACCUUGGUGGCUAACGUCUCUACAAGUUUUGGUUAUAUGAUUUCAUGUCUAUCAGGAAAUACAUCGUUAGCCUUAUCUCUUGGUUCGCCACUCAUCAUACCUUUCUUACUUUUUGGAGGAUUCUUUUUAAAUGUGGACUCAAUACCAGUGUAUUUCAAAUGGUUGUCAUACCUCUCUUGGUUUCGUUAUGGGAAUGAAGCAUUGAUGAUUAACCAAUGGAGUAACAUCACUCGUAUCGACUGCAGUAAUGCUCCUGCUUGCCCUCAAAAUGGUCAAGUCAUCCUACAGAUGUUCAACUUCUCAGAGGCACAUCUUCUUUGGGACAUCGUAUCAUUGGCCCUACUGAUUAUGGUCUUCAGGCUUGCUGCAUUUUUGGCUUUGCUUUGGCGAUCUUACAAGUGAUUCACCAGUAUUACGCUUAUUUCAAAUAUUUAUAUUUAAUAAAGAAUAUUGAAUUCUUGA